CACUCCCAUAACCAUUUUCAAAGAGUUAUUGAAAGAAUCCAUGGCAGGAGGAUCAGAAGUGGUUGAAGCUGCUUUAUCUUGUGCUAAGUGUAGCAAGCCUGCUCAUCUUCAGUGUCCUAAGUGCGUGGAGUUAAAGCUUCCUCGUGAAGGUGCUGCUUUCUGCACGCAGGAUUGUUUCAAGGCAUCUUGGAGUUCUCACAAGUCUGUCCACUUGAAGGCAAAAUUAUCGUCUCUGGCAACUGAAACUCCAGGUGAACAAAAUGCAGCCUCACCUAGUGAUGGUUGGCUAUAUUGCUUGAGGAAAGGACAGGCUCGAACACCAAAAAUUCCGCAUUUUGACUGGACUGGGACGCUGAGGCCCUAUCCAAUAUCAGAAAAGCGUGUUGUACCUGCUCACAUUGAUCUACCUGAUUGGGCAAAUGAUGGUAUCCCAAAAAUUGAACCCAGUAGUGAUUUGCAGCAUGUUGUUGAGAUCAAAACUCCAGAGCUGAUUGAGAGAAUGAGAGAAACUUGCCGAAUAGGAAGGGAAGUUUUGGAUGCAGCUGCUCGUAUUAUUAGACCUGGCGUGACUACUGAUGAAAUUGAUGCAGUGGUCCAUGAGGUUACUGUUGCUGCUGGUGGAUAUCCGUCUCCCCUAAAUUAUCAUUUUUUCCCCAAGUCAUGCUGCACGUCGGUCAAUGAAGUGAUCUGCCAUGGGAUUCCAGAUGCAAGGAAAUUGGAGGAUGGUGAUAUUGUGAAUGUUGAUGUUACUGUAUAUUACAAAGGGGUUCAUGGCGAUCUGAAUGAAACCUUCUUUGUGGGUAAUGUUGAUGAAGCAUCUCAACGGUUAGUCCAGUGCACAUAUGAGUGUUUGGAGAAAGCAAUAGCAAUUGUUAAGCCUGGGGUACGGUUUCGGGAAAUUGGAGAGGUCAUCAACCGACACGCUUCUAUGUCUGGAUUAUCGGUGGUGAAGUCAUAUUGUGGUCAUGGCAUUGGAGAGCUUUUCCACUGUGCACCAAAUAUUCCGCAUUAUUCAAGAAAUAAAGCAGUUGGUGUGAUGAAAGCCGGCCAAACUUUUACAAUUGAACCAAUGAUUAAUGCUGGAGUUUGGCGUGAUCGGAUGUGGCCUGAUGGAUGGACUGCUGUGACAGCAGAUGGAAAACGAAGUGCUCAGUUUGAACACACUCUCCUGGUCACAGAGACUGGAGUUGAAGUACUGACAGGACGCCUCCCGACAUCUCCCAAGGUGUUCCCUUGGUUGAGUUCUUGAUUUGUCUUUUGCAUUCUUUUGCCAGUCAUAAAAAAAAGUUUCAAGUUGGUCUGUUUGUGUAACACAUGUAUUUUUUUAAUUGAU